AUGGCGGCUACUGACCAGUCCCGGUCCGAAGCUGCCAAACAGCGACGACAGGAUCAACUGCAACGCUGGCUGGGCUCGGAGACGGACCAGACGGACUCCGAAGCACGGGGCGCCAGCAACAGUUCGGGGACUCGGCGGGCGAGGGUCCGCUUUGCUCAGGGAGCCGUGUUUAUGGCCGCCUGCUCCGCCGGGGACCGGGAGGAGGUGGCAGCGCUUCUCCGCCAAGGAGCUGACAUCAACCACGCCAACGUAGACGGACUGACAGCGCUCCACCAGGCCUGUAUCGAUGAGAACGCAGAAAUGGUUCAGUUUUUGGUGGAGAGUGGGAGCAACGUCAACACGGGCGACAACGAGGGCUGGACCCCCCUGCAUGCCGCAGCGUCUUGUGGCUACAUCCAGAUCGCCAAGUACUUGAUAGAGCACGGAGCCCACGUUGGAGCAGUAAACAGCGAAGGGGAACUUCCUCUAGACAAGGCCACAGAGGACCCCAUGAAGAGAUUGUUGAAAGCUGAAAUCAAAAAGCAAGGAAUUGAUGUGGACCAGGCCCGAAAGGAGGAGGAGAGGGUCAUGCUUCAGGAUGCCAAGGCAAUGCAAGAAGGUGGUGGCACUUUGACACCUCACCCAAACACGAAUGCAACAGCUCUGCAUGUAGCAGCAGCUAAGGGAUACAUUGAAGUUUUAAAAGUCCUGUUACAAUGUGGGGUGGAUGUGGACAGCCAGGACGUUGACGGUUGGUCACCUCUGCACGCGGCAGCUCACUGGGGGCAGGAGGAGGUGUGCACGCUUCUGGCGGACCACAUGUGCAAUAUGAAUGCUGUCAACAAUGUGGGCCAAACACCUUUAGAUGUUGCCGAUGAGAACCUAGUGGAGACACUAGAGGAGCUACAGAAGAAACAGAAUGCUUUACGCACCGAGAAAGAGAAACAGACUCCUGUCAUCGAGACCAACCUGCAAAUCUCCACAGUACCAGUGCGCACACGCAGGACUUCAAUCUCGCGCAUGAGCAGUAAGGAAAAAAUCUGCCUCCAUGAGCGGGAGAAGCACCCACCACAUGCCCUGCAAAGCAGCCCUGUGGAGGACGAGGAGGAAGAAGGCCAGACCGCACGGACGCAGUCGCAAAAUCAGCCCAAAGCAUCUAGCAGCUCCAGCUCGGAGGAUGAGAGCGAAUCAGAGAGUGAUGCAGAGUCUGAGAAGGCAAAAAACCGAGAGAUCAUAAACAAUUUGAACAACAAACGCAACACCAGCAGCCUCCCUCCUACCUCCAUACCAGCUGGCACCACUGCAAAUCAAAUCAAAAAGGAACCAGGCAAACUCCCUGCCAGCGAGGCUCCAGGCUCAUGGAGAACAUCGCUCAGGAAGGCAGGGAGCUCGGUGACUCUGGGCUCGGCCGGACUGUCCGACUCCACCCCAGACCAGAACAAGUCUCAAGAGUCUGGCCUCGGGAUGACUCGCUCAGCCUCCAGUCCUCGUCUUAGUUCAGAGACGGACACCAAGGAGCCAAGACUGGCCAGAGUUCCUCCUAUACCAACAAGGAGACUCUUCAGUAUUCCAGACAGUAGCUCUGACAACUCUAACAGUUGGCUGAGCCGAAGCUCAUCCUACACCCGUCGGCUUCACAGCCAAUCAGGGAAUGACCUCACUAGCUCCAACCCUUUUUUGCCUCGCAGCUCAUCUUACGGAAGGAGACUGGAUGAAGCCAGCGUCAACUCGGGUAGCACAGGAACAAGCACAUCUGGACUCAUUCGCCUCAACAGCGCUUUGGCACAGAGAUUUCCUCAGGAACAGACUGAUAAGACAGACCAGUUGCCAUUGGACAACAACACCAACCCUCAGAACACAAUUGGCCCUGAAUCUGAGACCAAGCAGCGGCGCAAGUCCUACUUGACACCAGUUCGGGACGAGGAGGCAGAGGCACAGAGGAAAGCUCGCUCACGGCAUGCACGGCAGUCUCGUCGCUCCACUCAAGGGGUGACGCUGACGGAUCUGCAAGAAGCUGAGAAGACAAUGAAGACCAUGAGGCAGGACAACAAAGUGAGAGAAAAGAAGGAUGAGGAUGAAAAGGAAAAAGAGAGAGAAGCAAAGUCUAAGAAGGGAGAAGAAGGGGAAGUGAGCUGGCGCUCCCGGAUAGCCAGCCUACAGAAGUCCGACCUGCUAGGUCUCACGCAGCCCGCCGGCACACCACGCCCUCAGACGGCUGACAGAAGGGCGAAUGAGGCCAGCGCUGGGGAGAGCGAGACUGAGCGAUGGGCCCAGGAGCGCAGGGAGAAAAGACAAGCUCGAGCCAGGAGGAAGGUUCAGAGGAGCGGAGAGCCUGAUGACAAUGAUCCCAGCGGAGAGGAAGAAUUUUUAGGCAGCCGGCUAGAUCUGCAGUCAGACCAGCUCUUGGUUUCCAGGCCCAGUAUGCAAUGUAACGAGGGUGUUGAGAGCAAGGAUUUCAAAAAGCUCUUUGAGGAUAUGACCAGAGAAAACGGCCAGCUGCAAUCUCAGCUGCAGGACACGCAGAGGGUUGUCACUCAGACCAGGAUGGACUUAGAAAAGGCUACGCAGAGACAAGAGCGCUUUACUGACUGUUCAGCCCUGCUGGACCUUGAGAGAAAGGACCGUCGGAUGCUGGAGCGGCGGAUGGCAGAGCUUGAGGAGGAGCUGAAGGUUCUAGUUGACCUGAGAGCAGACAACCAGCGGCUUAAAGAUGAGAAUGGAGCACUUAUUCGUGUCAUCAGCAAACUCUCCAAGUAG